AUGACCAAUCAAACGAAACCAAUAAAAUCUGAAAGUGAAUUUUCUGAUAAUAAAGAAUGGAAAAUAACAAAAUUUGAUCGAACACCAAUAAUGAGUACAUACUUAGUUGCUUAUGUUGUUGGUGAAUAUGAUUAUGUUGAAAUAAAAGAUUCCAAUGGUGUUAGUAUGAAAGUUUACACACCAGUAGGCAAAAAAGAGCAUGGUCGUUUUGCAUUGGAUAUUGCUUCAAAAGUUUUACCAUUUUAUGCUGAAUAUUUUAAUAUUAAAUAUCCAAUAGCUAAAGCUGACCAAAUCGCUAUUUCAGAUUUUGAUUCCGCAGCCAUGGAAAACUGGGGUUUAGUUACUUAUCAUGAAAUGAGACUUUUAAUUGAUCCAAAAUUCUCAUCUAUGGAAACUCGUCAACAUGUAACAAUUGUUGUUGCUCAUGAACUUGCACAUCAAUGGUUUGGAAACUUAGUUACUAUGGACUGGUGGACUGAUUUAUGGCUUAAUGAAGGAUUCGCUUCAUGGAUUGAAUAUUUAGCUGUUGAUAAAUUUUAUCCUGAAUUUGAUAUUUGGACACAAUUUGUUGCUGAUACAUUUGCACGAUUUCUUAUACAUGAUGCAUUGAAAUCAUCACAUCCAAUUGAAGUACCUAUUGAACAUCCUGCUGAAAUCGAUGGAAUUUUCGAUGCUAUUUCAUAUUCAAAAGGCUCCUCCGUAAUUCGUAUGCUACAUGAUUAUAUUGGUGAUGAUGCUUUUCGAAAAGGCCUUCAUAAUUAUUUGACAGAGUAUAGUUAUAAAAAUACAGUAACGGUGAAUCUAUGGUCACAUUUAUCUCAAGCAUCGAAUAAACCAGUUAAUGAAGUUAUGUCAUCAUGGACACUUCAAAUGGGUUAUCCACUUGUAACUGUCAUCGAAGAAAAACAACCAAAUAAUACCCGUAUUCUCAAAUUAAAACAACAACGUUUUAUUGCUGAUGGUAGUGUUGAUAAUGAAAAUCUUCAAUGGAAAAUUCGCAUAACUGUUUUUACAAAAUCAAAUCCAAAUUUAAUUGCAAAACAAAUAUUAAUGGAUCAACCUGAAAUAACAAUAACAUUAGAGAAUGUAUCUGAAAAUGAUUGGAUUAAAUUAAAUUAUCAUUCCAUUGGUCUUUAUCGUGUUAAAUAUCAAUCAACAACAUUAGGUAAUUUAAAGGAAUCUAUAGCUGACAAAAAACUUAGUUCACAAGAUCGUCUUAUGACUCAAGAUGAUGUUGCUGCUUUAUGUAAUGCUGGUCAUCAAUCAUUUGUAGAUUAUCUUAAAUUAAUCUUAUCAUAUCAAAAUGAAGAUAAUUGUACUGUUUGGAAAUCGAUAGGUAAAAGAUAA